AUGGAAGACGUUCAUGACGGUGACUAUUCUCCAGGAGACGCCGGUUUCCGAUCUAGCCCUCUGCUGGAAUCUGUAAAGCCAGAUCUAUACCCUGACAAUUCAUCUCUGGGAGCUCCGUUAAAAGAAUCUAGUGAGCAAUAUGACUACGAUAUCGAAGGUGUGGAACACGGUCCGUGGCCCGGAAUAGGGGACGUCGAAGCCCCUGUAGAUGAUGAUUACUCCGAGCUUGAAAACGAUAUACCACCAUCGCUGGAUGAAACAUGGGACCAUCAUAUGAACAAGUUAGUUGGGGUUGCAGGGAGUAGUGAGACGGAUAGUUUAUUUGGAGAAGAUGGGCAGUCUAUAGCCCGCCAUGGUUCCCCACCGCAGUCGCCUAAUGAAUAUCGGAGGGAACUUCCAUCUCCAGAUCACGGCGAUUUUGAUGCACUUAGGCAUGGCACAAUGCUAUAUCCAAGACAGUCUAAGAUCGCUGGCCAUAAGUACCCUAAUGCAGGUACAUAUAGCAGCAGCAGAUCAGAAACUCCUGAUUCUGAUUUGGAUGGUGCAACGCCACCUGGUAAUCAAAUGAGCAUUGACGAUAUAACAAACCCACAGAUUCGCGGUUUCCAGUGCACUUAUACAGGCUGUAUGGCCCAGCCUUUCCAAACGCAGUACCUCUUGAACUCUCACGCGAACGUACAUCGUUCGAAUCGUCCGCAUUAUUGCAGUGUGAAAGGUUGUCCACGUAGUAAUGGAGGCAAGGGUUUCCGAAGCAAAAACGAAUUGAUCAGACAUGGGAUUGUGCAUGAUUCUCCAGGAUAUGUGUGCCCCUUCUGUCCUGGUAGAGAGCACAAGUACCCAAGGCCGGAUAAUUUACAACGACAUGUUAGAGUUCAUCACUUUGACAAAGAUAAAGACGAUGCGCAACUGAGGGAGGCUUUGUCACAGAGGCCAGAUGGACCAUCAAGAGGACGUCUGCGGCGGAACGGUCCACUAGAAACAUAUCCAGAGGAUAAACCAGUUGCUUCUUCACCCCACAUCUCUCCAGUUGGUCAACACUUUCUUCCAACGUGCGAUCCUCCAAUGCCAACCACAGAAAUUGCAGAAAUCGCAGAUGGACUACGAACAUCUUCCAGUGGUAUUCAUGAUCUUCAAAUUGAAAGUGCCCACCUCGAGGAUGAAUCAUGUAUGCGGCAGCUACCCAAGUCUACGGUAUCACGGAGUCAAAUUGUGAGACCAAUAAAUGUGCGACCUACGCCUACUAGUCUCAUAUGGGAAGAACACCCGGAGAUUAGAAAAUACUAUAACCUAGAAUUACCAAGAAAAGAGUCUAAAUCGAUUCAAUCGAAAGAGCCUUACUUUGUUUUACAUAAGGACGUACCUAAAAGCCUAUAUGCUCCUAGAAUCGUAUAUCUAGAUAGAGAGCCUAAUCCCCAGAAAGGCCGCCACCCAUGUCAGUAUCCUUCGAAGGCCUGCUGGAAAAAGAAAGGUACUCGGCCCGUUUUCGGUCGUUGGAUCGACCUCGUCAGACACUACAGCUACGUCCAUGCCAAAGGCAAUUACGCUCCUCCAAAUGCUAUCCAUUACAAUUCUACACCUAGAAAUUUUAGCCCUUAUAUCGAAUCGGAAGCAAGCACACGGGCCGGAAUUGGUUAUACGACUGCUGCGUCGAUGACUCAAUUGGCAGCCAUGAAUACCACUGACGAAGAAGCAGUCACUGAAUACCCAAAUAAUUUCAGUGAUAAAUUUGACAGUCAUCAGUCAAACCCUGAGCCUCACAUUUCAAACGUGCCUCACCCACAGACAGUGGCCACUGACUCCGGUUAUGCAUCCAUCGGAUGGGAGCAUGAAGCAAACAAAGACGAAGACGAAGACGAUUCCCAGACUAUGUACACUGACAACCAAGAGCUUAAUGUCCCCGAAGAUGUUAAGGACAAGCUUUCUGCAGCCUUCUCGCGCGAAUUAAUCCGCGAACUUUCCGGGGCGAGAGGGAAUUGGAAUGACCAAAAAGAGUUGCGAGAUGCACUGGAAGAGAUUCUGAGAGAGUUUGCAAUAAGAUGUGGAGGAAACGCCCAUUCCAGGCAGGAAAGAGAUGCUGUAACGUUUGUUCGCCAUUACAGAUGUCGCAUUGCAAAUUUGCUUGAAAAAUGCAUGAAAGUCGAUUCUGAUGAUGGCGAGGAAUAUGUGGAUGAUAACGAGGUAGAUGAGGGGACGCGUUUCCGGAGAGCACAGAAAGGCCUUAGUGUGGAGGAGAAGAUGCGUCUUUGGAUGGCGCCCAAGCCACCACUACCACAGCUUAGUGAUGGCCUAUCAAGCUAUGCUAAUGAAGAGCACGAACAGGAAGGGAUUGAAGACUACACAAUAUAUCACUAUCCAGAGGCUUGGAAGUUCCUCACCAACGGCCAUGGCUAUCAGUGGUUACUCGGAAGAAUAAGGACUGAAAUGAUACUCACUAGCAGAGUAGAUACAGUGGCUGAGAACAUCCGACAGGAGAUACUCAGGGGUUUGAGUUCUUCGAAUCCUGAACGAGGUCAUCGCCACAUACUUUCACAAGCGUUUGAAAUUCGCUGGAACAUAAGGGAUUUUCUUAAGGAGCAUUAUGCCGAUCAGGAAUAUCCUCAACUUGGUACUCUUAUCACACUAGUAGGAUCUGGAAUGGAUGCCCAGGCACUGACGUGUGCCGAAUACAUGCGUCAAGUGUGGCCUACAACAGGCGUAGAGACCUUAGAUGCAUUACAAAAGGCAUUAGGAAACGGACUUGAGAACUGGUAUAAAGGUACUACGACCGAUGGAACUGAAAUAAAAUUUGUUAUCCACAGCUCAUCGGUUGUAGCUGUAGUGACAGGAACUGCGCCCGCCAUUGCAGAGAUUGGGCAACAACUGGCAUGGCUAGGGGCUGCUUUGCGCGGAACGCCCUCUGGAGAUAAAAUGGCUUAUUGUGCACCGAAAAUUGGAAGAUCUCCUGGUUCAUCAAUUUUUCAGCUUGCCUUCCAGGUCGUCAACUUUGAACAAACUCCCCGCGGAGAAGUGCCAAAUGGGUCGUGCUGGAGCCGUCUGUUCCGAAACCCAAUUGUUGUUCGAGGAUUUCCAAUAUUGGCAAGAUCUAGGGGCGAAAGGGGCUUGGAGAUCCCCCUUAACAUGAUGGCAGGACUUGGCCAGGCAACUCGGGUGACAAACUUCGACGGUGGUCUUGUAAUCAAGGGGUGUUCUUCAAUGUUCUACCCAACUCAGCGGAUUCAGAACUCGGUUUUGUGGCAUUUACUUGUCAACGAAAACGGUGAAAGGAUCUCUUACUUAUCUGCCGAGGGUCAUCGCGCUUCAAUUCACGACGUUGAUGCCACAUGCUUGGAACGCUCCAGGAACUUUCUUGGCUGGGCUUCCUCGGCGGAAAUCCAUACGGGAGGAAAAGAAAUCAGAUAUGAAGAUAUCGAUUGGGCAGGUGCUAGCUUAGCCUCCGCUGGCUUUGCUUGUGAAAAAGCAUCCAUUGUCGCUGGGCAAUUCGUAACUGGUGGCGCUUCAUUUGUUAGAGGCACUCAAGAUACUCCAAUAUAUAUUGGCAGGGGUGGUGGACCUUACGCUCAAGAAGUUCACUUUGCACGGAACAUGAAAGUGGUCCUAUAUGACACCAAAGAUCGCCGAGGGUGGUUGGUAGAUGGUGCAAGCGCCCUCCUCCACCUUACGCGUACGCAGCUUGCAUCCAGUCCAUAUUCUGACAGUGACCUCUUCAGAAUAGAAGAUUUCAACCACGGGGAUCCUAACAAUGGAAUACUCGCCGCCAAGAAGGCUUUGAUGGAUCCAAAGAACAGGAACAUGCUGAUAUUCGAAGAUGUUACGACUUCUACCGAGUUGAAUACUAGCGGUGGUAUUGAAGGGUUGGAAGAAGUGCGAAAGAUAGCUAAGCCAUGGACGUACGAGGACCUAGUAAGACAAACCUAUCAUACACUGGAGCAAAUUCACGAUUACCAGACGAAAAUGAUGGCUUCACCUACUCUGGGUCUACGUUUCACAGACCGAGAAAAGCUCAUUGGCUUCGGUUUUAAAGACAUUGUUGAUGGCCACAAUGAUCUACUUCCCCGGGUUGCGACAUUGAAAGCAAGUGGACGAGGAUGGGUGGAUUUCACAAGAAGUAUUCGAGCAAUUAUACUACUCGGAAAAGGAUUUGGAGAAAUUAUCAAGCCAUCAAAGGAUUCGAAUAAGCUCUGCAAGUACUGGAGUCAUGUACCAACGGGAAAGGAUUAUCUUGUGGCAUGUACGGCAACACUUAAAGAAAUCUCUUUGAAGCAUGGGGAUUGCGACUCGGAUCCUUUGGAACUUGCCAGCGGAAUCUACUGGCACAAACCUGAUAAAUUAUUUGAGCCCUGUGAAUGUAGACGCACUAAGUUGGCGGGGACUUGUGAUCGAGUUCAAGUACUAUUACCGCAAUUUUGCCUAGGACCGAAAAGAAACCCACAGCCUUUCAACUGCCGUGAUGGGGCGGUCAUAAUUGGACGAAGUAGGAGGCUUCCAUGGCAUUGGCCAAGUAAAGGAAAGCCGGUGAGAGGGAAAUCAUCUGAACCUGAGUCCGACGAUGGGAAUUCUUUGCCUGAUAGUGGUAUUGGAGAAAGCCUUCCCUCAACCUUAGAUCUCGAUAGCUCACGGAAUGCGAAUUCAUCUCCUUCCGAUGGAUCUCCACCAAGUUUAGCAUCAGCGGAUAUCGCUGGUACACGACCCAGGGACUCGGAAUCUUCUCUUUCGAGCCGCUCCGAGCUGAAUUCCAUGAUUGGAGAUACAAUGAUGUCCGGAGGGCUUGGGGGAGACGAUGAAGUCUAUAAUGCUACACAGUCACCUGUCCCGGAUCAUAUAUUCUCAGCCCAUUCUAUCUCGCAGCCAUACGCAAGUUACACGGAGUUUGCUAGUAGAUCAGAAACAACUCUUUCGACCCCUCCAAAUACCCGGGAAAUUUCAAGCAGACCUGCGAUAGCGAAGCGAACAUGGGACGAGAUAAAGCACUCACUUCAAAUGUCUCCUAGGAAAAGGCCAAAACCAAACCCCGAUUUAAUUAAACUUGAGCCUAGCUCUUUCCCACCACCACCAGCACUACCAAAAUAA